AUGUCUCGCUAUGCUCGAGCUCAUAUAAACCCCCAAGGUCCUGGUGACACAAGACCUACAGCACUCCAGAUCGUCAAAGACGAAGGCCUUCUCGACAAACUCACUGACAAGGUUGUCCUCAUCACAGGCGGCAAUCAAGGCAUUGGCCUCGAAACCGCCCGAGCACUUCACGCAACCGGAGCAACGGUUUACAUCACCGCAAGAUAUCGAGCAGGGCAUCAAAGACAUUGUCUCAUGGCCGGAAGCAAAGUCAGAGCCGCCGCGCAAGACUUCCUGGCUAAAGUUGACAAGCUGAACAUUCUCAUCCUCAACGCCGGAGUCAUGGCUACUCCUGAGGGUAAAACUGAAGAUGGCUUCGAGACCCAAUUUGGGACAAACCAUCUUGGACACUUUCUUCUAUUCCAGCUUCUCAAACCAGCUCUUCUUGCAGCCACCACGCCUUCUUUCCAAUCUCGUGUUAUCUCCCUUGCGUCAAAAGGUCACCGCGCUGGUGGUAUACACUGGGAUGACUACAACUUCGAGAAGGAUACUUGCAAUCCCUGGCUGGCAUAUGCUCAGUCCAAAACAGCGAAUAUAUACUUCGCAUCCGAGCUUGACAGGCGAUAUGCAGACCAAGGCAUUCAUGGCUUGUCGGUGCAUCCUGGAUAUAUACUCACCAACUUGGGUAAGUAUAUUGACCUCAGCACGAUCGACUUGGAUGGACCUAUCAAGAAUGCUUUGAGGAACAAAGCUCAGGGCGCUGCCACGACUGUUUAUGCGACAGUCAGUAAGGACUGGGAGGGACGUGGUGGGAAGUAUCUGGCUGAUUUUGUGGAGGAGAGACUGGUCAGACCGGGUGUAGAGCCAACGUCUCCUGAACUGGGACACGCUGUGUGGAUCUAUGAUGAGGAAGCAGAACGAAAGCUCUGGGAGCUGUCGGAGAGGCUUGUUGGAUUACAUACUUCCCAGGAGUAA